AUGGACAUCGUUUAUCACAAUGGCACCAAUGGCUCGGAUCCCUGGGUUGAGUUUUACCCAUAUACACCUUCUGCAACAGCCGGGUAUGCCUUCAUGGCAAUCUUUGGAAUCGCGACAGUCGUUCAUCUCGUUUUGAUGUGUCCGUUCCGUGCUGCAUACUUCAUACCUCUAGUAUUAGGAGGCAUCUGUGAAACAUUCGGUUACUACGGCAGAGCAUGGUCCCAUCAAUCCCGAACGGAGAUUAAAUCUUGGGCCCUACAGGAAAUGCUCAUUCUAUGUGCACCACCUCUCGUCGCGGCAACAGUAUACAUGGUCCUCGGCCGCAUGAUCCGCGCCUUCGAUGCCGAACACCUCUCCAGCAUGCGCCCCAAAUGGCUUACAUUCGUAUUCGUCAUGAACGACGUCCUAUGUUUCUGCACACAACUCGGCGGUGCAGGAGUCCAAGUUACCGGAGACGCUAAUAUCAUGGAUAUCGGCAAGAAAGUUGUCCUGGCCGGAUUGAUCUUCUCGUUGUUCGUCUUCGCGUUUUUCGUGGCUAUCGCGGUGACUUUUCAUCGUCGACUUCAGAAUAUGCCCACGCCUAUUCUCACAAUGAAUCCGGAUCUUACAUGGAAGCGGUAUAUGUGGACGCUAUAUGUUGCUUGUGCUGCGCUGAUGGUUCGAAAUCUUGUUCGGACGGUUCAAUUCGGCGCCAAUCGGACAGCGGAUAUCAAUACGAAAGAGGCGUAUAUCUACGUCUUUGAUGCUUUCCUUAUGUUCUUGACUAUGCUUGUUUUGGUCAUCUAUCAUCCAGGUCUGCUUAUCAAGAAGACGCGCCGGGCGAAGAAGGUCAUCGACUUCAGUCAGCCUUUAGCGGGGGAUAGAAAUUCCGGGCAGGUUCCUUUGAUGGAAUAUGAGCCACGACCGAUGGCCACGAUGGCUUAG